AUGAGGGAAGAAAACGACUAUACCCCGUAUCUAGAACGCCCUGAAACAUACAUAGUACCAAUUUUAUUUCUGUUAAUUUUCAUUGUUGGCGUUCUGGGCAAUGGUACCCUAGUCAUAAUAUUUUUAAGACACAAAGCCAUGAGAAACGUUCCUAACAUUUACAUCUUUUCUCUGGCCUUGGCAGAUCUACUGGUCAUUAUAACGUGUGUGCCAUUUACAUCUAUACUCUACACGGUAGAGUCAUGGCCGUGGGGCGUCGUUGUGUGCAAGCUGUCAGAAACAGCAAAAAAUAUUAGUAUUGGGGUGUCUGUUUUCACACUCACAGCAUUGUCAGCUGAGAGAUAUUGUGCUAUUGUGAAUCCCCUCAGAAGAAUACAGACCAAGCCUCUAACAGCGGUUAGUGCUGUCAUGAUAUGGAUUUUAGCUACAGGUUUUGCUAUACCGGAUGCUAUAUUUUCUCGAUUAAAAGAUGCCCCAGUUGAUAUUAAUAAGACAAUCAUUUUUUGCUAUCCAUUCCCGUCAUUCCCGGACAACGCCACCGAAACUAUGUACAAGCAAUACAACGUCGUCUCCAAGUCCUUGAUUUACUAUUUGGUCCCUUUGACUAUUAUAGCCUUCUUUUACGUCUUGAUGGCCAUUCGGCUUCAUAAUAGCGCCAACGAUAUUCCAGGGGAAGGAAGAAGUACUCAUGGCAGUGCCCAAGUCAAAUCCAGAAAGCAUGUAGCCAGGAUGGUACUAAUAUUCGUUUUCUUAUUCUUCAUUUGCUUCCUACCUCAGCACGUAUUUAUGCUAUGGUUCCAUUUAACACCUACCGCAGAGGAUGAUUAUAAUGAGUGGUGGCAUGUAAUGAGAAUACUUGGAUUUUGCUUAAGUUUCCUGAAUUCGUGUGUCAAUCCUGUGGCUUUGUAUUGCGUAAGCGGGGUGUUCAGAGCCUACUUCAAUAGAUAUUUGUGUUGCAUAAAGCCUAAAUGGCCUAGAUCAGGUCUUUUAUCUGAAACGAGAGGAUCUACGUUCAAUUCAAUGAGUCAAAGACACACCAAGUUUUCAGCUGUAAGUGACGCUACAUCAGAAAAUAGAGAAAUCCGUAAUCAGUCAGAGUGUAAUGAGACAUUACCAACAUGCAGACCUCCGAUUCAGAAUUUAGUUUAAGCUAUA